CAACAGUAGUACACUCGAGAGCACUCGAUAACAGCCCCUAAAGUCUCUUCAGAUAUCUUCCACCAAAUGUACUCUAAAGAUACGCUUCAGACACUACUAUCAGAACAAGAAGCCCAAGUGCAUGUCAACGUUUGGAGGGAGAGGGAAAGAGAAAGAGAGAGUAAUCACUGGUCAUACUGCGGCAGAGAUGUCAGGCUUCGAGUGGCACGAGAAAGAGAGUAAUUCAGAAGAGGAAGUAGAGGCGUGUAAUUAUGAACGUAGCCUGUGAAAAAUAAAUAAGCAUUAGGGAUAUUUUUUUUUCACUGUGCUUAAAUAGCCCGUUCUUUUCAUAAUAGCAGAAAAGGCCAAUUUUGUGUAACCGUUACCUCCCACGCGUCCAACCCUCUUCUUUAAAUACUGCUUUUGGCUCUUCACUUCAAUCUAGCCAUCUAGAUUUUCCGGUGACUGUGAAAAAUGUCGCCGUUUGGGAGCAACAAGAGCUGGAAUGGGGUGGAGGGUAAGCAUUAUCCUGCCUCACUUGCCUCCCAUGAGGAUGCUGUCAGGGACCCUAUAGUCUUCUGGGACACUCUGAGGCGCUUCCAUUUUAUGAUGAACACCAAGUUUAUGAUUCCCGUGAUUGGGGGGAAGGAGCUAGAUUUGCAUGUUCUUUAUGUAGAGGUUACAAAAAGGGGUGGUUAUGAGAAGGUUGUUGCAGAGAAGAAAUGGAGGGAAGUGGGUAAUAUUUUCAGGUUCUCUCCAACCACAACAAGUGCUUCCUUUGUAUUGAGGAAACACUACUUCAGUCUCCUUUACCAUUAUGAACAGGUCUACUUCUUUAAGCUGCAGGGUCCUGUUUUCACUCCAACAGUUUCAUUUCCUGCUAGCAAUCCUUCGUGGAGACCUGAAUUGGCUCUUGUGGAAUACUCCCCCAAAACGACGAUUGUUGAAGGCCCUUCAUGCUUCUCAGCUCUUGGAACAAUUGAAGGGAAAUUCGAUUGUGGUUAUUUGGUGUCUGUGAAAUUAGGUUCUGAGGUUCUUAGAGGAGUACUUUACCAUCCGGAGCAGCCAGAUUCUUCUUCCUCAGUUCCCGAAUCCAACACUGCCAUUAUACCAUACACAUACAAACCUCACCAUUCCGGUCGUCGUCGUCGGAGAAGGAAAAGUAAAAGAAGGGGAGACCCCAACUAUCCAAAGCCCAAUCGGAGUGGCUAUAACUUCUUCUUUGCCGAGAAGCAUUACAAGCUCAAAUCUUUGUACCCGAACAGAGAAAGGGAGUUCACAAAGAUGAUUGGCGAGUCAUGGAGCAACCUCAGCCCAGAGGAUAGGAUGGUUUACCAGAACAUUGGGUUGAAAGACAAGGAACGGUACAAGAGAGAAUUGAAAGAGUACAAAGAGAAAAUGAAGCUCGGCCAGGCAAUGAACUAUUAGGGAUGGAGAACAGAGGAAGCCAGGAAAAGCAAAAGAAAUUUAAGGCAACUUCUUGGGUUGUACUAUUUAUGUGGUUGGCUGUUAGGAAACUGCAAUUCUUGCAUGCAUAUUGAUACUACCCUUCACUGAUGUUGCUGGUGACUAUUCUGCAUGGACAGGAAGUGGUUUUCCUACAGCCAAGUGUUCCAAUUGUACCACUUUGGAGGAAGAUAAAAGGAAGGGUGCAUUGACACUUUUUGAACCGGAUCGGGAUCUUUAGUAAUUUGGUUUUUCAAAUUUCAAAAACUUCGGAUUGGAUUAGGGGUGCCUGUCCUAGGAUGUUCGAGCAAGUGAGCUUCAGAAACCUGCUCGAGCAUCUCGAGACCUGUAACAAGUGAACCAUGGUAGAGGGCAAGCUACGGGCCUGUCAGUGCCACGGAAUUUUUGUACAAGGCCUCUUUCGAAGUCUGAGAACUGAUUCUCA